AUAAUGCAUGUUCAAAAAAAUACACUAGGAAGAUUUUUCUUCCAUUUACCAGGGUAGAUAAUUUUUAGGCUAAAUUAGUAAUUAAAAUCGGCUAAUUUUACACUAUAUGUUAUUAAAUGAAGCUGCAAUCAUUAUAAAUAAUUUCACAUGUAUGCUAAAAUUCAAAACUUAGCUCCCUUUAUGUCAAAGAUAAAUUAGAAUUUACUUUAUCUACGCUGUAGGCCGUUUGACUGUAGCAGAGAGUGGUUUGUGAAGAUGGGUAGCCAAGAUCAGGAUAUGUGCAAUGGUUAUGAAUUUUGUAAAAAUUACAAAGGCUUACACAUACUACAUGCCCAUCAUCAAAUCAAAGAGCUUCAAACAAUUUUAAGAGAUAGAAAUACCAGCAGAAGUGAUUUCAAAUUUUAUGCAGACCGUCUAAUAAGACUAGUUAUAGAAGAUAGUUUGAACCAGCUACCAUUUACUGAUUGCAAUGUUGUUACUCCUACUGGAGCAACAUACGUUGGAUUGAAGUAUAAAUCAGGUAAUUGUGGAGUUUCAAUUGUUAGAUCUGGUGAAGCUAUGGAGCAAGGAUUGAGAGAUUGCUGUAGAAGUAUAAGGAUAGGAAAAAUUCUAGUAGAAUCAGAUUCAGAUACCCAUGAAGCAAAAGUUGUCUAUGCUAGGUUUCCAGAGGAUAUUUGCCAAAGACAUGUUCUUCUGAUGUACCCCAUAAUGUCUACUGGAAACACAGUUAGUAAAGCAGUUCAUGUUUUAACAGAACAUGGUGUUAAAGAAGAAUGCAUAGUUCUUAGUAAUUUAUUCUGUACUCCUCAAGCUGUGCAAACUGUGCUAGACACAUAUCCUAAGGUCCCCUUUAAUUUAUGGAGGGUAGAAUUAAGGAGAACCAUCUAUGUGCUACAGAAAGUGUCCAUCAAAUUCUUUACGUUAGGGAGGCGCUACUAUCGCAUAAGUGUAAAUUUUAAAUAAAGCGACGACUCUACUCAUUAAGUUUUUUAAAACUGCAUACUCAAAUAAGACGGGCGGAAGACUGAACUGAACGAUCAUAUGAUAUCUCGUCCGACAGGAACGCCAUUCUGGUCAAAUUUUGAAUUAUAAUUUACCAUCUACAAGCGGACAGUUUUAAAGCUAAGCUCCCAUAUGAGAUGGUACUCCUUACCUCUACCCUCCAUACUUUAAUUGAAAUUGAAAUCUUGACGUUUCGACCCACUUAGGUCUUUAUAAAAAUAUGAUUUGACAUUUAAUAAUUAAAACAUAAUUGAGUGGAGCAAGAAUUUUGAUAUGUUUAUUGAAAGAAUCUUGCCUUCUCAGUAUCCAGAUAGACCAAAAUACAUUUUUUUUAAAUACCAAAAAGCUUCUGACAUUUUUAUUCAGGGAAAUACUGGUAAUUAAAAAAAAUGUUUUCAUGAAGUGCUGUUUCUGUAAAAAAAAUUGAAAUAACUGAAAAUCUUUAGACAAAGUAUGUUUGGAAUAAAGUUUUAAAUAAAGAAAAUUCGAUUAAAAAAAUCAUUUUUGGUAUAACCAGAAUAGCUAUGUUAACUAAAAAUGAAAAAAUUGUCUUACCAAGCAAAUUUAUAUAUCUGCUUCAUUUUAUCAUUUACCACAUUAACUAUUUUCUUCUAAUGAUUUAGGCGUGAAGAAUAAAUAUAAACUAUGGAUUAUUUAAAGUAAUUUCUUUUAUAGAUGAAAAUAUCAACCUCAGAAGUCCAUCCUGUAGCACCAAACCAUUUUGGUCAAAAAUAUUUUGGAACAGACUAAGACUGACUUUAGGCAAAUAUUGUCUAAAACUCCUACUAACCAAAUUAUACUUAAUUUUGUACUUACUGGUAAACAAAAUUAGUGAAAUAUUAUAAAAGCACAAUUCUGUUUGUGAUGCCACAUCAAAUAUAGAGCCAAUAUUUUUUCAUAAAUUUUGUACAGAAUACUAAGUGUUGAUUUUAAGGGAAAGUUAUUUUCUUAUAUUUUGUUUGAUAUUUUAAUAUUGUGAUUCAUUUUAACUGAUGAUAAAAUAAAAUGUCUAUUACUUAGAA